AUGACUUCAAAUAAAGCAAAACGGUAUUUACAAAAUAAAAAUGUCGUUGAACAACACUCAUUUUUAUCACCACCGCUAGCACAUCGAGAUGUUGAACACCACAAAAAACAAUAUAAAUUUACAAGUCGUCGACCAUCGUAUCAAAAACAAGAUUUAAUACCACCUAUUAUUUGUGUUGAUAAAUCAACUGAUAAUGAACAAGAGGAAGAGGAGGCCGAGGUGAAUAAUACAAACACCAUCUUGGACGAAUUUGAUCGUGUUUUGGAUAAUGAACUGAUCAUGUCAACAUUAAAUGUACAUCGAACAUUUUCAUUGAAACAGCAACCACAAGAACAUCUUGCUGUUUUAAAUCAACCGAGAAGUUUUUCAUUUGCCCUUGGUUCAUCAACAAAAAAUUUAGAUGACUCUUCCUCUUCAUCUUCUUCUACCGCCUCAUUGUCAUCAUCCUCCAGGAAACUGCCACGUGCAUCACCAACAGCAUAUUCAAGCAGUGGAAAAACAAGUUUAUCAAAAGAAACAUUUUCACGUUUAUUAGCAUCAUUAGCAUUUCGUCAAAAGAAACGAUCAGUAAUUAAUCGAACACUGCAACCUUCACAAACAUGUUCAUCUUGUCAAAAUCGCACAUAUUCACAAUUAGAGCCAAAACAUAAAAAACGACCUUCUAUAUUUGGUGCUCUCGUAGCAAAAUUAUCCACAAAUGUGGAGUCGUCUACUCCCGAUUCAACAUUCUCGAAACAUUGUCAUUUAUGUAAAAAUCAAUCAGCAAAAUCAAUAUUUCAUAAUUCACUGUUAAUCGAUGCUCAUCAUCCGACAUCAAUAUCAUCGACUGAACAACAACAACAACAACAAACAACUGUUGUAUCAUCAUCAUUCACUAAUGAUAGCAAUAAAAAUUAUUUUUCAUCAUCUCUAUCGAAAAAAAGUCGCCUUAAUUUAAAUGCUCGAACUAAACGUCGUCGUAGUUUGCCAUCUUUAUUUCAUAGUCUAUUUGAUUUUGAUUCAUCCGAGAAUAAAGCGGCUCGUCUUAUUAUUGAUUCAUCAUCAUCUUCACAACGUCAACGCCAACGACUAUCAUCAUUUUCAAGUAUAUUAACAAACAGUCUACUCGAUAGUAUGCCAUGUGAUUCAGGAACAAAUCAUUCGUUGACCAAAGUACAAAAUAUCCAUUUAAUAAAUCAAAAAACAACAACAACAACAACCAACUCUUCCUCAACAUCAUCAAUGUCAAAUAUUUCGAAUCUAGAUGAUGAUGGCGGCACUGAUGAUGUCACAAAAAUAUUAGAACAUCGAAGUCAUGUGGAAAAUGAGAUUAAUCAAACCACAAAUUUACUAGUAAGCCUCAACAAUAAUCUUAACGAUGAAAUGAACAAUCAGUCAGCAGAAGAAAAAAAAGACGAAUUAGGAUUAAUUAAAAUAAAAACACCUGAGAGAAGAGAGACAACCACAGUGGGUGAAUUAAAUUUAGCCAAUUAUCCAAUGGCAGUGAUCAAUGAUGGUUUAUUAUUUCCACCAGAAGAAAAAACGAAAAGUUUAUUAGUCAAUGUAUUUCGAACUCGACGAUCAAAUGUAGUUGCGACAAAUGAGUCAUCCAUGCUUGCAAAACAUUUUAGUGUUAGUGUUCUCAAUUUACCAACAUCAACAGCUAAUCAAACGCCAUUAGAAAGUACAUUUUUAAAUUUAAUUGAUCAAAAAAAACAUGCAUUAUCAGAAGAAAAUAUUCCUCAAACCGAUUCUUUUUAUGUUUAUUUCAAUAUUCGUGGAAAAAAUUUUAAAGAAAAAUUAAAAUUAUCUGAUUCGACACUAAGAGAAUUAUUAUCAAAAUUAUUUGAAAAACAUCACUUAGAUAUUGAUCAAUGUCAAAUAUUUUUACGCGGUACACAAACACCAGUAUCACUCGACUUAAAAUCAAAUACUAAACGUUUAUUAGUGGAAAACGAUCUUAUUGUUACUGAUAAUAGUAAUAGUUUUUUAUAUUUAACAAUGGACGAUACGGUAACAGCUGUCUCACCUCCAGCAUCUGCUCCUUUGCCUAUCACCAGUAAUAGUCUUCGUCGUUUAUCAAUUUGUCGUAUUACUGAUGUAUUAAAAUAUCGUCGAAAAUCAUGUUCAAAUACCGAAUUACUAAUACCAUCUCCCUCUUCCAUAAGUCAAAAAUCCGAUUCAUCACCGUCAACAUCCACGCCGUUUACAUUUGUCUGGAAUUGUACAAAUACAACAUUACCAGAAGAAGAAGUCGAUACGUCGUCUUUAAUAUCAUCAUCGGAAGAAGAAUCAUUACUAACAGAGGUGAAUUAUAGUCAAAAACGUGUUAGAAAAAAUGGUUUAUCAACAGCCGAUGAAAAUUGGACAAUAAAUAAUUAUACAAAUGUUUCUGGAUCUAUGAUGGCUGCAUGUAUUCAUAAGCAAAAAAGUAUUAGUUGUGACGAUAUGACACUAAUCUCAAGUGGAGAUGAAGGAGGAAAAACAACAACAACAACAACACAAAAUGAGUCAACAAAUAUACCAUGGUCAUUAACAGAAACAAAUAAUGAUAGAAAACAUUUAAAAAAACUUUAUUAUGAAAAAGAGAAUGGAACAACAACGAUCAAUACACGAAUAAAUUUGCCAAUAACAAAAACAUCGGCUAUUAAAGAACGAAAUGAAAAACGAAAUUCAACAGGCUCAGCAUUAUUGACAACAGUAUGUAUCAAUUGA